AUGGCAAAUCUGCAACACACCUCAAGUCAGAGUUUCUUCAGUCUCCCUCUCCCUCACCAUGAAGCCCUCAGGAAUUGCAGUCACAGCAAUGGCUGUUCUGAUGCUUCUCCUCUUUGCACAAGCUUCAGAGGCUGCUAUUACGUGCAGCGAUGUCAUUAAGUACUUGAGGCCUUGUGUGAAUUACCUGGUUAACGGCUCUGGGAUGCCACCCAGUGCUUGCUGUGCUGGAGCUUCCCAGCUUGCAUCCGCUGCAACAACCCCUGCUGACAAGAGAGCUGCUUGCGCCUGCAUUAAGUCGGCAUCUCAGAGAAUAAACCCAAACCCACAAUUAGCUCAGGCUCUGCCAGGAAACUGUGGAAUCAGCUUGCCUUUCAAAGUUUCAUCCACAGUAGAUUGCUCUAAGGUUGGUUGAAAAGUUUAAAAAACCAGAGGUGUCCAAUGUUUCUCCUCUUCAUGAAACUGAAGCUACUUGAGUUAGGAGUCAAUUCUACUGUUCCUUGAGUUCUGCCUCUGUUUCCCUUCCCAUAAUAAAACGAAUCGCCAGGGAGUUAAAGCCUCAUUUCUAGUAUUUCUAAGGUUAUAGUACUGUUUCCCAUAUUAUGCGUGUAUCUUCAGUUCUAGUAUUACUAUAUAUUAUUAUAAAACUGAGGUUCCUUGUUGUCUCUGAUCUUUAAAUAAAGGCAUCUGUGUUUUUCCUGCUAUUAA